AUGGUUGAGGAAUUUGCUGCUUUACCUCCUAAACCAGAGAACUCGGAUGCUAUUUCCUUUGGUUCUGGUGAGUUUUCAGUCACUCCUUUGUCUAAAAGAAAAAGCCAAGAAGAUCGAGAAGAUCAUGACACAAGCCUUGAGGAUCAACACUCCGUCAGCAAAAAACCAUCCCAGAAGAAAAUCAAGGGCGAGUGA